AUGUCGAAAGCAAAAUCGAUCAAACAUAGUUUUUCUUCAAGUCAAUCAAUAAAUAGUAUGCCAACGAGAAAAACAACAGUAUUUCCUUUACCAAAUGCUACAAAACCUCGUUAUAUGGUUUCGAAAAAAAUUGAAAUCAAUGAAUUAUCUGAUGAUGUUCUUCUGUAUAUCUUUCGUUAUUUAUCACCUAUUGACUUACUCAAUAUUGGCAUUGUCUGUCGACGAUGGUGCUCAAUCUCACAAGACAAAAGUCUCUGGCAUUCAUUAGCACUUUCCUAUGGUCUUCAUCAAGUAGCAUCAACUUCAACAAGUAAACAACAAAUACAAAACUAUUUAAAUCAACAAAUAAAAACUCAAUUAAAAUCUCUAUUCCCACUUAAAUUCGAUGUAUUAAAAUCUUACACAGGUAUUCCUGAUUAUCAAAAAACAUUCAAUAAAUUUUCAAGUCAAUUCAAUUUUCUUCUUGCUUUUUGUGAUGAUAAACAUAAUAUAAUAUGGUCUCAAAAAUAUGAUACAAUCAAAUUUUUUGAGACAAGUAUGUCAAUGCGUUGGUUUGAAAUCACCAUGCCAGAAUUUUUAACUCGUGUACAUUUUCUUCGUCUUUUCUCUAUUGUUUCAAUCAAUAUAAAUACACGUCCCAAUCGUCUGCGUUUGCCAAGAUCCAAUGAACAAUUAGCUGACAUAACAGAAAAACCUAUUCAACAUACACAACAAAUUCAAUCUUUAUUACGUGAAUAUAAAUUCGAUUGGAAUAUAAUUAAAACAAAAUUGAUAUCAUUAACAAAGGAUAUUAAAUCACCCAUUUGUAUAUCAAAAUUACCCAAUGAAGAUGAUUUCUUGCUUGCUACUUAUGAACAAGAUAAAUCAUUUGCCUUCAUUGUUUUUAAUAUUAAUUAUUUGUCUUUUCAUGAACUUUUUUUCACUGGUCUUCGUACAACAAAUUCAAUAAAUAAUCAGCCAUUAUCUCAAAUAAUUAAUCCGAAUCAUUUUCCAAAAUCGAAUGAUCUUGAAGUAUCCGUUUUUAUUUGUUUUCGAAAUAUGACCACAAUUUUUCUUCGACAUCGUUUUCUCAAUUGUCGCUUAAAAUUGUCCAGUACUCCGAUGAUUGAAUUAAUACGUUCAACUGAUAUGACACAAGACCUGGGACCUGAGUUAGAAGAUUUACCAAAAUUCAAUUGGAAAACUAGUCUUUCUAAAGGAACUAUUAAUGAUUUAUGUCUUAUUGAUCUUGUUGUUUUAAAUGAACGUAAAAAUAUUUCAUUUUGUAUUACUCUUCAAGCUACACUUAUUCCAGGAAAUGAUAAUGGACAUAGUCAAGGAGGAGAUUACAUUCUGUCAUCCAAUGUAUGGAAUAUAAAAGCGGUAUCGCAGUGCAAUAAUCGUAUUUGUCUUGAUGGUACAAUAAUGCGACUUGACAGCGAAUAUUGUGCUCUUGGACGAGAUUCACAAUCAUGGCAUUUACAAAAUAUGACAUGUUCUUUUUAA